AUGGAUGCGAUCGGAGGUUUUUAUAGACGGUCGCGGUUUACAUUGUUACUGUUUUUCAGUUUGGCCAUCAUUCUAGCGCCUGGAGCUCUUGGCUGGAGCAAGGAGGGUCACAUAAUAACAUGUCGGAUUGCACAGAACCUUUUAGGAGCUGAAGCAGCACAUGCUGUAGAACAGUUGCUGCCUCAUAAUCUUAAUGGGGACUUAUCAGCUCUAUGCACAUGGCCGGACCAAAUCAGGCACUGGUAUAAGUACAGGUGGACAAGCACUCUACACUAUAUUGAUACCCCAGACAAAGCCUGCACAUUUGAUUAUUCAAGGGACUGUGAAAGUGAUCGGUGUGUGUCUGGUGCUAUUCAGAAUUUUACGUCACAGCUUCUGCACUACAAGGAAGGAUCAACAGAUCGUCGAUAUAAUCUGACAGAAGCAUUGCUGUUCUUGUCUCACUUCAUGGGAGAUAUUCAUCAGCCACUGCAUGUUGGAUUCACCAGCGACGAAGGUGGAAACACAAUCGAUUUGCGUUGGUUCAGGCGCAAAUCUAAUCUUCAUCAUGUAUGGGAUAGCGAUAUAAUUACAACAGCUUUAAAAGAUUACUAUGAAAACGACAUGGACCUGCUUCAACAAUCUAUAGAGGGUAACUUCACAGAUGGAAUUUGGUAUGACGACGUAUCAACAUGGAAAGAUUGUGACGAUCUCUUGGCAUGUCCGAACAAGUAUGCUGUAGAGGGCAUAAGCUUAGCUUGUAAAUGGGGUUACAACGGAGUAAAAGAAGGCGAUACUCUUUCAGAUGAUUACUUCAAUUCAAGAAUGACAAUUGUGAUGAAACGCAUUGCUCAAGGGGGUGUUCGUUUAGCUAUGUUCUUAAACCAUAUAUUUGGUGAUUCUGAAGAAGGAAAUACAGCAUCAGCAACAUAAGUUAUGGUUCAAUUAAUCUUUUUAGAGAAAUUUGAUUUCGGUUAGGUUCAGUUCGGUUCGGAUAAUCAUCAUCAAUUGUUCAUUUCCUUAAAUAUGUAAUAUGUUCAACACUCACUUUCGUAGUUGUAUAAAUGUAGAAUGUGCAGAAUCUGAUUUAAUGACAAUCUUCUAUUUCUUUC